AUGCCGACUACGAGAAGCCAAGCCCCGGGAGCAGAGAAAAAGACCACGCGGGAAAAUGAACAGACAGAAGCGUCCCCUUCAGAAACCACGCAGAUGUCCGCGUCCGCCGCGCCGUCGAGCGCGCCACAGGCACAAGCCGCCCGCGCCGCGUUUACCUCGGACUCCGCACCGGCGCCACCGUCGCAGCCGCCGACGACAGAUGUACGUCCGGCCCGGGCCGCGUCGGUGCGAUCGCGCCGCUCUACCGCUAGCGGUAUAGCUAAAUUAAAGAGGCUGGAGUACGAGGCAGCGCUACAGAUGGCGAAAUUACAGGCUGAUUUAAUUAGAAAGAAGUUGGCAGCCGAUGUCGCCGCGGUACAUGAAGAGACUGAUAGAGAUAGCGUGUGCUCCGAGGAAGGUGCCGGCCUGCAACGUAUAACGGAUUGGUUUCAACGUACCGAAAAAGAGCCAACAGAAAGGCAAGCUUCACCGCCGAGGACGCCGAAGCAAAGACGGAGAUCCCCCGCUCCUGAAGCCGGGAUGCAAGAAGGAUUCACCCGGUUGGCCAAAGCUAUUGAACGAGCUGUGGACGAACGAGCGGAUAGGGUAGCGCCGAGGCAAGCCCAAGAUCUCCCGAUCUUCAGCGGCGAAGCAAGUGAAUGGCUAGCGUUUAAGGCGGCCGUAGACCAGUCUACAAAGACGUACAGGAUCACACCAGCGGAGAACCUGGCCAGGCUGAGGGCCUGCUUACGUGGAAAAGCGAGAGAGACAGUCGCAGCGUUACUCGUAUCCGCUACAGAACCGUCGCAGAUCAUGAGGACGUUGGAGCAGCGGUACGGCCGGACAGAGGCCAUCAUCGACCGCGCCCUCAAAGAUCUGAGAAGGAUGCCGGUAAUAGGAACAUCGACAACAGAGGUGAUUGACUUCGCCAUUAAACUACAGAACAUCACCACCAUCGUCGCGGAUAUCGACAGGGGGGCGAGAUUCCUACAUAAUCCCGCGCUUGAGAGUGAAGUGUCAGAGAAGCUGACCCCUCACUUACAGGUCCACUGGUGUCACUACGCUGAAAAAAACAAGGAGGACACUAGACCUACGAUCAUCAAGAUGGCAGAGUUUUUAAUGAGCGAAGCCGAUCUCAUGACCCGACAUCUACGAAUAGCAUCACCAACGAGACGAACGAGCGCGCUACCCACGAAGCAGCCCCCGAAGCAACCCACUAGGCAACCCAUACCGAAAGCAACGAUGUCGGCACCUCGGCGACAGAUGACGGAUCGUGGCGCGGCCGUAUACGCCGCCGUAGAAAAGAGCGAACAGAGUACCGAAUGUCUCUGUUGCGGCGCCGCACACGUAACGCCGAAGUGUAAGAAGCUGAACGACAUGUCGUUAUCGGACAGAUGGGAGUGGGCGAAAACAAAUAAGAUGUGCUUCCAAUGCAUGAACAGCACGCACAGAAGGUUCUGUAAGGCACGCAAAUGUGGUGUGAGAGAGUGUCGUAAGCCACACCACGCCCUGCUGUACCCCCCAGAAGAACCGCCGAAGCGGCAAGAGGACACCGCGAUUACAGCCGCAGCACGCUUGCCAGAGAACAGCCAAGUGUUGUUAAAGGUGUGUCCCAUCAUCGUGAAAGGCAAGACGGGACGCGAAGUAGAGACGUACGCGAUGCUAGAUGAAGGCUCGACGGUUACACUCAUCGAUGCGGAGAUCGCAGAACAGAUCGGAGCCGAAGGUCCGACGCGAUCUCUGAGAAUUCAGGGAGCGGCCUCGAGCUGGCACGAAGCCUCAAGCCGAGUGGCUGAUGUCAUCAUCAGAGGGCGACACCAUACGGACGAAGAACACUCGGUGAGGGCGCGUACGAUCCGGGAUCUCACCCUAGGAACGCAGCGAGUGAACCCGGAAAUACUCGCGUACGGACACCUGCGACAACUCACUUGCGAGCAAGUGUGCUACGAAGAUGCCAGACCCAAGGUCUUGAUCGGGUCAGACAACUGGCAUCUGAUUGUUACGCGGAAGCUGCUCAUAGGAAGGCAUAAUCAACCCGCAGCGUCGCUGACACGACUGGGAUGGGUCAUCCACGGAACGGUACCCAGAAGUGUCGUGGAAGACGAGGAACAUGUCCUCCACGUGCGGUUGACACAGCGCAACGCCGAGCCAGACAUGCGGCAUAUAGAGGGCAUAAUAAAAGCGCAUUACGACAUCGACGCGUUGGGUAUAUCGUCGAAGAGAUUACCCAUUGCCAAGGAGGAGCGCGCCGUCGCCACAUUCAACCGCACAGCGACGAGAGUGGAUGGGCGAUACGUCGUAGGAUUGCCGUGGGAGAGAGAUAACGUCGCUCUACCUCCCAGCUACGACAUGGCAGCGAGCCGACUGAGGGGAAUAGAGCGGCGGAUGGAUCGCUCUACGGAAUUCCGGCUGGCGUAUACCGCGGAGAUAAACAAGUUGUUGGACAAGGGUUACGCCGAGAAAGUAACCGACGACCGGUUCAACAACGACCGCGCGUGGUACCUUCCCCAUUUCGGAGUGACGAAUCCGAAUAAACCCGGAAAACUGCGACUCGUAUUCGACGCCGCGGCCCGUUCGAAGGGAAUGUGCUUGAACGACGUACUGCUGGAUGGGCCAGAUAUGCUACGGUCGCUUAACGGUGUGUUAUACCGUUUCCGCGAGAAGCCCGUAGCUAUCACGGCGGACAUACGAGAGAUGUUCCUGCAGAUUAAGAUACGGGAAGAAGAUAGAGCAGCACAACAGUUUCUGUGGCGAGGAGAUGACAGGAUUAACCCGCCGCAGAAAUACGUAAUGACCUCAAUGAUUUUCGGGGCGAGGAGCUCACCGUUCAUCGCACACAGCGUUCGAGACAAGAACGCGGCAGAGCACCGAGAGUCGCACCCGUCAGCGUACACCGCCAUAACAAGGAACCACUACAUGGACGACUGGGUCGAUAGCUUUGACUCCGAAGAGGAAGCAGCCCGCGCCAUACGAGAGGUAGUAGAGGUUCAUGGCGGGAUAGGAUUCACGCUGGCGGGUUGGAAUACAAACCGACCGAGCCUGCUAGAGAAUGUGAGUGAGGACCAGCGAGCGAGGACGCCGAAGGAACUGAGAUUGCAACGACGGUAUGGCACGAACGACAGCCAACGGUCGCAACUGCACGUAUUCACGGACGCAAGCGAACAGGCAUAUGCCACAGCCGCGUAUUGGAGGACGGAACGCGAGGAUCGUAGCGUUAACGUCGUCCUGGUAGCAGCCAAAGCGAGGGUAGCGCCCAUGAAAGCGCAGAGUAUACCCCGGAUGGAGCUUCAGGCGAGCCUGGUAGGACCCCGACUGGCCGCUGACGUACUGAAAGGACGUCGUCGCGCGGCCGAAGUCUUCCUAUGGACGGUCUCGAAGAAGACGCUACAUUGGACUAGGAACGACACCGCUCGAUACAAUCCACACGCGGCCCGCCGGAUGGCAGAAAGCGCCGAACAUACAGAACCAACACAGUGGCGCUGGGUACCGACCGCCCACGACGUAACUAACGACGCGACCCGCGCGAGAUAUACAAUACGGACCGCCGCCGACAGAUCCGUCGGGCCGGCGCUUGUAUACGCUCCAGAGAAAGAACGACCCAAGGAAAGCAAGCCCGUCCCUGCAGAGACAGUAGCCCGUGCCCGGGCGAAGGCAAAGCCCGUAAUGGACAGAAUGCGGUUCUCCUCAUAUGACCGAGUGAGGAGGACCCCGGCACAGGUGCUGCUGCUCGCAGAAGAAUACAGGCGACGGGCAUGGAAGCUGGGCCGGGAGCGCCCCGCCGAAGCGGGGAAAUGGGUCAAGUGGCGUUGCGGUGAACGCGGACGGACGGACAGACGCGAGGGAAUUUUUCGAAGGCCGACCCGAAGGCUGGUGGUCCUCCCUAGGGAUAAGGGCUGCGAAGAUCUGCGCCGGGGGGAGGCUGUUGCGGACCACGAGUCGAGAAUCAUGGAAGAUGUAGUAUACGUUCGUGGAACACCAGCUCAGGAUGAUAAGAAGAAGAAUAUGAGGUUAGGCCAGUUAGCUCAUAGUGACAAAUUUAUUAGGUAUUAUCUAAGACGAUUGGGAGGAAAGAAUUUAAAAUGGAGACUAGUGGGUCCCGUUGUUAUCAGAUUCACCAAGCAGUCCUCAUUGGAAACCCUCCUGGUCAAGUCUUAG